AUGUUCAAAUUCAUCCUUGUUGCUGCCCUUUUCGGUCUUGCUGCUGCUGCUUCUUCUCCUUUGGACGAAGCUCAUGCUGAAAUCAAGUCUCUUGAUAGCGACAUCUCACCUGAAGGAGUCUUCCGUUAUGCUUUCCAAACCUCAAACGGAAUUGAUGUUGCCUCUGCUGGUAACGCCGAUGCUAUCCAAGGAUCAUACAAAUACGUUUCACCCGAAGGUGUUCAAAUUGUCAUGAGCUACAUUGCUGAUGGUGAGGGUUUCAAGCCAUCCGGUGAUGGUCUCCCAACUCCACCACCAAUUCCAGAGGCUAUUAUCCGUUCUCUUGAAUGGAACGCUGCUCACCCUGAACCAGAAUCUAAGUCAGUGCAAUAUGCCAAGAGCGGUUAAGCUUUUUCAGUUGAAUGUUCUUCGAUAUUAA